UAGCAACCAAUGUAGCUAGCAACAUAUACUUUUCAGAAGAAUGGCGACACCAAGAGAGCAAGAGGCUGCAGAUUAUCUUAGAAGACACAAAAUUAUCGAACUCAUGGAUAAUUUAACAAGCAUGCUCUUCUUUUACAGACCAGAGAGACCAAACGAGUUCCUGAUCACACAGCUUGAACAACUGAGAGUAUCCAAAAUGCGGUCACUGGAUUGCCCAAGCCUGUUCAACGACACAAACCUGGAUGCCGUUUUGGGCAUCUUGGACCCUACCAACCAAGGGCACAUCACUUUUGUUCAGUACAAGGAGGCACUCACCACUUUGGGGAUUGAGAAGUUUAAUGCGUGUCCUGAAGGUGUGGCCAAGGACAAGAUAUCUCACGAGACCUUCAAGAGAGAGGCGAAGGAGGGCUUACAGAGAAGCUCAGCAACAUUUAUAUCUUAAUAAAAUUGGAGAUCUCUGUCCCAUCA